UCCUAAAACCGCUGCUCUCGGCUUUUUUCAGAUCGACGUGCAGCUGAACAUCAUGUCCUUCCUCUCGCCCCAAGAUUUGUGCCGCUUGGGAAGCACGAGUUGUUACUGGGGGCGGCUGGGCAAGACCCCAAAAGACCCGCUGUUGUGGAGGUAUUUUCUCCUGAGGGAUCUCCCCUUUUGGACGUCUGUUGAUUGGAAAUCGCUCCCAGAUGUGGAGAUUUUUAAUAAAGCCUUUUCGGAAGUCAGCGAUAAUGCGCUGUACGAUUACAUGGCAGUAUACAAAAAAAGCUGUCCUCAGAGUAGAAGAAGUUUGAAAUCAAGCCGUCCCCGGUAUGGGGCUGUGACUUCCUUUUUGCAAUCACUGGUCACUCAGGCAGAACCUCGCUUUGCUAUGUUUGGGCCGGGUUUGGAAGAGCUGGAUGACUCUUUAGUGCAAAAGAUGAUGACAUGCCCAGAAAUUCUGCUAGUAGCUGGCCUACCUCAAAGACAGAUUCAUGGAAUUGGAUCAGGAGUCAGUUUUCAGCUUAAUAACAAUCAAAAAUUCAAUAUUCUGACAUUGUAUUCAACUACCAGCGUGGAAAGGAGGAGAGCAAAGGCAGAGCAAGCUGUUGCUGUGAAUAAGAUGUUCUACCAAGAGAACAGCAUAGUAGGGAAUCAGCAAGCUGUGCACUACAGUGUCAUAGCUCAAGUGAAAAAGGUGUGCGAAGUAGUUGAUGGAUUCAUUUAUGUUGCUAAUGCAGAAGCUCAUAAAAAGCAUGAUCGUCAAGAGGAACUGGCUCAUAUUUUGGCAAUGAUUGAUCCAGCCCUUGGGCCUCCAAACAGACCUCUGCUAGUUUUGUCUUGUGUCUCUCACAUCAGCGUGAAAAGAAUUCCCUGUGUUUACAUGGCACAUCAGUUGCAACUAAACCUGCUACAUCGGCCCUGGAUGGUGCAGGACACUGUAGCUGCAACUUUAGCUGGAUUGCUAAGUGGAAUUGAGUGGCUCCUGGAAGAAGCAAAUUGUAAAAAUGCACAGUAA